GGCGCUCAGUCGCAGGCGUGGCGUGCAGCGCGCGUGAAAAUGGCGGCUGUUCUGGAGAGAAGCUACAUCGAGAUCUGUGGCUUUGAGAGAGAAACAGUUUCACGAUUCAGAGAUAUUACAGUGAAUCUGGCAGGUGUGGGUGUUCACUCAGGCGGUGUGAAGUAUGCAGACAGUGCAGGUGGAUUUUCAUAUGAGGACAGCGGUAAAUUCCUGUCAGUCACGAGCAACAGAUUUAUACACUGGUCCACUUCAGGUGAUACGGCUCAGUUUGUAGAGCAGUCGCUGGACACUAACCUGCUGAAUAAUGCUGUCCGUCUGCGUAUCCCACAAUGCCUUCUGCUGCCCGGAGGAGUUCAUAUCCAGGAGACUCUUAACAAUGUCGUAAUACUUGUCGUCACAAACCAGUCAGUCCAUCGACUGGUGCUGCCACACCCCACUCGCAUGUACCGCAGUGAUCUGGUCACUGAACUACAGAUGCAGUCCAUAUUUACAGACAUUGGGAAGCUGAAUUUAAAGGGACCGGCUCACAGUUUUGUACUUCCGUUCACUCAAGGUGCACAGUCAGCAGGUCCGGACACGUCUGCCGCAUGGAUCAGUCAUCAGGGGGAGGCCCUGUUUGCUCUUGCUUUGCCGUCAGGUGGCAUUAUGAUAGUCACCUUACCACCUCAUGAUCAAGAAGGGACCAUUUCUGUCAUGGAGUUGAAACAGAGUUCAGUGAUGCAACGAUUGGCCGGCUGGAUGCCCACCGCUAUCAGGGGGGAUCAGUGCACAUCUGAUCUGGCCAUCAGUCUGGCGUUCCGACAGUUAGAGGACGACACCUUCGUGUUCGCUCUGUGUCAGGAUCAUAAGCUCAGGAUGUGGUCAUUUAAGCAUCAGAUGUGUGUGUUGGUGGCUGAUAUGUUGGAGUAUAUGCCUGUGGGUCGUGCCGAGGUGAAGGGUUCUCCAGCUCAGGCUCAUAAGAUCCGGCUGUUCUUCUCCUCCUCCACCGGUCUGUAUCUCACCGUCUAUCUUGCUGUGCCCAAACGUAGUCAGUUCUGUGUGCUGCAGCUGGUGGCCAAUGAGAACAACCGCUACAGCCUAGAUCACAUAUCCACACUCUUCUCUACACAGGAAACUCUGGUGGAUUUCAUCUUGACGGCAUCUGAUAUAUGGGCUCUUUGGCUUGAUAAUGACAACCAGACUGUGGUGAAGUACAUCAAUUUUGAGCAUAACACUGCAGGCAUGUGGAACCAGGUGUUUGUCCAGCCGUCACCAGAGGAGGAAGUUCACAUCGGUGAAGAUCAGGACCCACGGGAAACGUAUCUUGAUGUACUAUUUUCGCCACUACGUUUCACGGCCUCUGCCAUCGUUAAAGCUUUACAGAUCUACAAACGAGGCACUGAUCGUUAUUUUGACUUGUCGUGGGAGGAGCUGAAGAAAGAGGUUACGGUCACAGUGGAGAAUGAGCUUCAGGGCAGCGUGACUGAAUACGAGUUCUCUCAGGAGGAUUACCGCCUGCUGCAGGUGGAGUUCUGGUCAAAGUUCUACGCCUGCUGUCUGCAGUAUCAGGAGGUUUUGUCCACCCCGCUCGCCCUUCAUAUGAGUCCAGCCACAGCCAUGGUCUGCGUCCUAAAGAAGGGUUUUGUAUCAUUCCUGUUGCCUUGCUUUGCUGUGGAUCAUCUUUACCUGUCCUCAGAUGAAUAUCUGUUCUCUGAAGAGACGACGCCCAUCGCUGAAGACUCAGAUGUGAGUCGGGACAUUCUGCAGCUCGUUCAGUGUCUGCGGCUGGUGAACGAUGCUCUGCCGGAGGAAAUGACAUAUGAGAUGGAGAAAGCGCUUGAGCAGCUGAUGUCUCCAGAGAGAGCAUCUGAGAAAGUGCUGGAGGGGCUGCUUGCCAAAGACACUGUGAGUGUUAUUGAGGACAUCGCAAACAAACUGCAGGACAUCCGUAACCCCAUCACUGCGAUUAGUGUGCUGCUCAGAGAACUGGACCUUGAGACCGAUGCAGAAACUGACACCGGACCCACUGCAGGUCAGUCUCUGAGAGUGCGCAUCGGUCUCUCUCAGCUAUACGGCAGCAGUGCGGCCGCCAGUCUGAUCGGUCAAGCUGUGUGUCAGACUGCCAUGACACGAGCGCUACUCUGCAGAGACUUGCUCAUUCUGCUGCAGCUGUAUAUGCACAUCAGCAAUAAUUUGUUUCUUCCAGGCGGCUCUGAGAUGCUGCAGCUGCAGCAGGAUUUGAUUCCUCGCUGUUCUCACCUGCUCUGCUCGUAUCACCUGCUUAAACAGAUGAGCCUGACGCUGUCCUCAUCUGUACCGAUUGACAUACUUAACGCAGAUCUGCAGCAUCUCUCUGUUCUGGAGCUGUCUGACUCCUCGACUCAUACAGCCAACAGAUCAGUGUUGACUCCUCAGACUGUGGUGGAGUUGUUCUAUCACACUGUGGCUCGCAAAGCCAUCGUGUCUCAGAUCUUCUCACAGCAGAAUGUUCAGAGCAGUCAGACAGCGCUGGACUGGUCGCAGAUGAUCUCUAAUGUCCUCACACUGCUCUGCCAGUUUCUCUGGCCCAGCAAUUCCAGCUUCCUCUUUCCUGAAUGCCUGAUGGGAAACUGCCAGUAUGCACAACUACAGGAAUAUGUUCGGUUGAUUGGGCCGUGGUGUCAGGUGAAUGUGGGAUCCUGUCGCUUUGUGUUGGGUCAGUGUUAUCUCGCCAAUGGUGAGGGGCAGAAGGCGUUGCAGUGUUUCCAGGAAGCGGCAGCUGAGGUGGAUAAAGAAGAGUUUUUAAUGAAACUCACGGGUUCAGACGAGGAGACGGCCACCACUGCUCCACGAUUACUCUAUUAUAACAAGGUUCUGCGGUUAUUAGGGGAUAUUGGUUUGCCAGAACUUGUGAUUCAGUUAGCAACACUGGCCAUAUCUGAAGCGACCAAUGACGAGAGAAGCCAGGCUGCACUGUGGACUCGUAUAUUCAAACAUCAUCUGGAUCUGGGACAUAACAGUCAGGCGUAUGAAGCUCUGACUCAGAACCCUGAUCCCAGCAGGCAGUUGGAUUGUCUCCGGCAGCUGGUGGUGGUUUUGUGUGAGCGCUCUCAGCUCCGAGAUCUCGUCCAGUUCUCAUUUGUUAAUUUACAUGAUGAGGUGGUCAGCAUAAUUGAGUCUCGUGCAAGAGCUGUGGAUCUCAUGACUCACAACUACUAUGAGCUGCUGUAUGCUUUUCAUAUCAAUCGCCACAACUACAGGAAAGCUGGUACGGUGAUGUUUGAGUAUGGUAUGCGUUUGGGUCGCGAGGUUCGGACUCUGCGUGGUCUUCAGAAACAGGUGAACUGUUACCUGGCGGCACUGAACUGCCUGCGGCUUGUUCGUCCGGACUAUGCGUGGAUCGUACAGCCUUCAUCUGGAGCAGCGUAUGAACGACCAGGUGCAUCACCCAAAAGGAACUAUGAUGGCGAGUUUGCUGCAAGUCCAGUAAAUCAACAGAUUGAUAUUCUGGAGUUGAAAGACUUGGAGAAAGAGUAUGUUCUAGCUCGCAGUCGUCUGAAUUUGGCACAACAGGACCCCCCCUCAGCUGCCAUUGCAGCUAAGCUGGGGUCAGAGUGCAGGGUCAGCCAUGAUACGGCACCCCUGGAGCAGAUAGGGUCAAGGGCCUUGCUCAAGGGCCCGACAGUGGCAUCUUGGCGGUGCUGGGGCUUGAACCCCCAACCUUCUGGUCAGUAACCCAAAACCUUAACCGCUGAGCCACCACUGCCGCACCAACGAUACUAUGUCAUCGGUUCAACGCAUAAACAUCGAUGUCUAUAUUUUUAAGAUGCUCCUUUUUGACAUUUUCAUGCCAGCCACUUCUGUACACAUUUCCAUAAGGUGAUACAGCAUUCUUAUAAUUUUAAUUUCAUUUUGUAAGCACCAAAUAUGCUUCUCAUGUGGGACACGGAUGUGCGUGGAGUGAUUGAAGCCUGAAGUUGCGCUCUGUUCUAUCCAUGCAUGCCAGUCAACAGAGCUUCGACAGGAUAGUGCGGAGCGGCUCACAUGCAUGAAAUCUGGCUUAUCCCGAUAUCGUGACGCAUGCGACACAUUUGAGUUCUACUUUGAGAAAUUCAACAUGUCAAACAGCUAAAUGACCCUGAUAUUCUGAGCAGCACUGACGAGGGAAGGAGAAAACACCUGCCCUGCUGCACCAAGACAUGUCACAUCUAAACAUCAACACCCUUACUAACAUUUACCACAGUAAACUGUAACAAUUUUUCAAAACAACUGUGGAAGAUUAAAGAAAAAACAACGAUUGCAUGUACUCUCCUGGUAUGUAAGUAUUUAGGAUUGAAAGACUUGCCUGACUGUUGUGGAAUGAGGGAAACACUACAGUGAAAAUUUGCCAUCUCUUCAAGGCAGUAAGCUGUCACCAAGCGAUUGAUGAUCACUUGUAUGUGACUAUUUUUUAUAGCAUUUAUUUUUCUGUAUUAUAUAUUUUUGUGGAUGUCCCAAUGUGGAUAUAAUAUUCAAAUGAUGUUUUUGUUGCAUUUGUGAGAUAAUAAAUGUAAUUCAUUGUGUAAAAUUGGCACAUAAUAUUGUAAUAUCGAUCUAGACCCCUGAAUCGAAAUUGCAUCGUGGCAGACUUUGAGAUACCGGCAGACAUCGGAUCGCUGGCUAAGAGAAUCGAUACAAGAUCAUAUCGUGAUGAAACUUGUGAUUUACACCCCUAGCACGUGUGCUAUUGUUAAAUGGGUGCAUAUAAAUGAUUAAAUAUCUUUUUUGCGUUCAUUUUGUGAAAAGCUUAGGAAAACAGGGCAUCGUUGUUUUUAAUGCAUGAAACAUUUUAAAUCUACUUGGCAACAAUGGCUGUUUGCACAUUUAAGCCAUUUCAGUGUAAAUACAUAAUUAUUGAGAUAUGUAUUGAAUAUUGUCUGAAAAAUACUGAUGUAAUUUUUUGUAUCCAUAUCACCCAGUCCUAAUUUGUGACACAGAAAAUAAAGCUAUUAUGUGGUUGAAAAGGCAGAGCAAAUGCACAUGAUCUGUGUGUGGUGCUUAUCUGCCAUGAUGUUGUGUUUCACCAAUAUGCCAAAACACACUACAUCCAUACAUAAUGUUUUCAUUGUCUUAAUCUUGCACAUAAUAGUACAGCAUUUUUGCAGGUUAACUGAUGG